CCUUUCUGUCCUUCUCUAAAUGAUCUCCCAGGCGAUAUAAAAAGCUACAUGCUGGCAGAUACCUGACUGAAAUUUGAGAGGUGGCUCCACUCAGCCCCCGGUCUUCAUCCGACCAUGGACGUUGCUACCAUAAAAAGUGAUAUAGAAAAAAUGCCUGUUCACAGUUACAGCCAAGCUUCAGCUUCCUUUGGCUUUCCGAAAGGUGGCAGCCGCGUUCGCCAGGUAAUCGACGAUCACGCAAGUGCUAUUCGGAUCGCUGGGUCUGAGUAUUUGGGGACGAUGAUACGCAUGCUACUCGCUUCUUCGCUUUCAUCACAAUUUCUUCUCUGCGGUUUCCCUACAAGUCCUGGAGGGGGUUAUAUGUCCAUCCUUUGCGGGAAUUUCCUCGGGAUAAUUGUUGGUGUAUGGACUGCUCGAUACAGCGACGCUCAUCUCAGUCCAUUGGUCACCUUGGCUCUCUCAUUGACUGGCUACUUUCCAUGGAGAGAUGUGCCUCUAUACGUUCUUUCGCAAACAUGUGGAGGAGCAGUUGCAGUGCUGGUUUUGUGGGGGAGGUCCAUCGCUAUCAGUGUAGCUCCUCCAGGAUCAACAGUUUUCGGGCUUCACGAGUUUUCUGGAUCCUUGUCGGCCAUUGCAUGCUUCAUUUUCGGAGUUGUCUGUUCUGGGCUUAUCUUUUUGGCCGUGCUUUGUGCGGUCAAUGAUAAACGAGGGACACGCAACCCCACUUUAGUACCCAUCGUGCUUUGUGUGCACAUCAUAGAACUCACGCUCUGGACAAUUCUGAGCGAGUGGGUGACCUGGGCCAAUUUUCUCGUGCCCCAUCUCUUCCCAGGGGCUAGGAUAUACACGACCCCGGCUGACAACGUUUCCUGGUAUACAAUACUGUGGAACAUACUCCGUCCUCUUUGCGGCCCCAUAUUAGCGGGAUUACUGUGCGACGUGCUGUACGUUGACGAUGGUUCUAUACUUUGAUACCAAUACACUAGCCAUACUAGGGAGUGGGUCUGAUCCAUAUUAAUGUAUCCUACUGUAGUCCCUUAAUACGGAACUCUGACGUCGGAAACUGAUCCCUGAUCAAAG